CUUCUUCUCCCACUUAAAUUUGCACUUCUCCUCACGUUCAUAACAUUUUCUCUCAUUUGCAAAAUUUAAAUGGUUUCUUCUUCUCAUUAUCAUUACCACAAAGGUGAUGAUGAUGAAUUUGAUUCUAUUUUUGAGGAUAUAUAUGAAAAUCUCGAUUUUAUUCCGGAACCAAAAGAGCGAAAAAACUUAUUUUUAUCGAGAGAAACCGGGAAGAAGGCCACAACAACCUCUGGAAUAAUUAUUUUAGCGACACUCUGACAUAUCCGCACAAUUUAUUCCGGCGACGGUUUCGAAUGAACAAGCCCUUGUUCUUGCGUAUUGUGCAUCGUCUCUCUACAGAAGUAGAGUAUUUUCAACCAACAGAAGAUGCAGCCGGACGGUCUGGUCUAUCACCGCUCCAGAAAUGUACCGCAGCAAUUCGUCAAUUGGCGUAUGGAGGUGGGGCUGAUGCCAUUGACGAAUAUGUACGACUUGGUGAAACAACAGCUCGAAAAUGUUUACACCAAUUUACCGCCGGAAUAAUCCACUUUUUUGGCGAUGAAUACCUCAGACGUCCCACACAAGAGGAUCUUCAAAGACUACUCCAUGUGGGAGAACAACGUGGAUUCCCCGGGAUGGUUGGCAGCAUCGACUGUAUGCAUUGGGAGUGGAAGAAUUGCCCCACCGCUUGGAAAGGAAUGUAUUCACGAGGAACCGGAAAACCAACAAUUGUGUUGGAGGCGGUUGCUUCGUAUGACCUUUGGAUAUGGCACGCUUUUUUUGGAGCUCCAGGUACUAUGAACGAUCUUAAUAUUCUUGAUCGAUCACCUGUUUUUGAUGACAUUAUUAACGGAAUAGCUCCAAAAGUUAACUUCUAUGUGAACGGAAGGGAGUACCAUUUGGCUUACUAUCUGACGGAUGGUAUUUAUCCAAAUUGGGCGACUUUUAUUCAAUCUAUCCGACUGCCACAGGGUCCGAAAAAUUCUUUAUUUGCUAAAAACCAAGAAGCCGUCCGAAAAGAUGUUGAGCGUGCGUUUGGGGUCCUCCAAGCAAGUCCAAGAUGAACGAGAUUCACAGACUCUAGAGGAAUUUCAAGAUGAGGAUUUUACAUUUGCCGUUAAAAAGACUACAAAACACGGCAAUAGAAUUUCUCGUCGCAAAGAAGUUCGGGAUCCACACAUUCAUCAACAAUUAAAAGAAGAUUUGAUAGAAAAUAUAUGGGAUAAAUUUGGAGAUCUUCAAUAAAAUUGUUUGCUUGCCCAAUCUACAAAUUCAAUAAAAAUGUUUGUUUGCUUUUAUUUAUGUUCUUUGUAAAAAAAUUUCCAAACUUUGUACUUUUAUUAUGUUUUCAAUUUUAAUGUAAUAUGUUUUAUUUUAAUGUAAUAUGUUUUAUU